GCCGCACGAGGGAAGAACUUGAGAGGAUUGCCAAGGAGGCUGAGGCGAAAAUGGUGGAGGAUGAGGCGAAAAAGGAAGCUGAGAAGGAAGCCAGAUUGGCCAAGAUGAUGGAUGAACGCUUAGGAGUGAUGGAUAAGAAGAGAGAAGAAGAGAACAAGAAGAUAUGGGAAAGGAUUGAGAAGGGAAAGGAGAAGGAGCCUGGUAAACCAGAGGGCGAGAAAGUGACAGCCGCUAUUGACAAUAAAAAGAGAGGCCAAGAUGAGAUGGCGGGAGCUGCAUCGAGCCAACCAUCCACCCCUCGUCAAAGAGUGAAGGAAGUCGGCGCGCUAGAUGCUGGAUUGCUACUCAUGAACAUAGACAGCGUUCAACGGGCGCAGACACAGCAGAACAAAUUGAUUGAGAGCCAGCAGGCUCAACAGAAUGCUAUGUUCGAACCCAUGCUGGGGAUGAUCGAGAAGAUCGAGGCCUCACACCGAUUGGGAUUUGAUCGUGUGAAGGAAGGAACCAAGGCAGUUGUUGCUGACCCUGGUCCUGGUGGACGGCGCCGGUACCAGGAGGAAAUGGGGAAGGAGCUGAUGUCGAAGUACAAACAAGAGCUGGUGGAUCUCUGCAAACGAGAUGGGAUCAAAUAUCACAACAAGAAGCAGGCGGUUGCCGACUUAACCGCCAUCAGAGUGAGGGAUGCAUAUGGAGAUGUGGAGGAGGAUGAACAGGUAGAGGAAACAGCGGAAGAAUCUCAAGAGGAGAAUCCUUCUUGAGUCCUACCACGAUCCACGAUGGUUGUGGAAUAAAGUGCAUGAUCUUCG